AUGCCAUGUACUGGAUCUCCACCUCCAGGUCAGGAGGACUUUACUCCUCUUCCCUCCAUCAAUGAGCGUCUUGCUUUCCUCCUCCCCUCGCGGGAGCUCUUGGAAUACUAUCGCAGGAAGAUUGCUGAAUUUGAUGAAGAACAAGAAGAUUUGAUUAAAAGGCUGGAGAGAUACAAAGAAACGUAUGAUGAGCAGCACAAACUGCAGUGGGAAGUACGUCAGCGAGAAGAAGAGAUAGUGGAGUUGCAAAAGGCUUUGAGUGACAUGCAAGUCUACCUCUUCCAGGAGAGGGAGCAAGUCCUCCGCCUUUACUCAGAAAACGAUCGCCUGAAAAUCAGGGAAUUGGAAGAUAGAAAAAAAAUUCAACAUCUUUUGGCUCUAAUGGGACCAGAUAAGGGAGAAGUUACGUACUUUCACAAGGAACCUCCACAUAAGGUCACUGUUCUGCAAAGACCAGCUACAUCCAGGGAUCUUCAUGAACGAAAUGGUAUUUCUAGAACAGGAACCAAGAGGAGCACUUCAAAAUCAGGAGCAAGUAUGGAGAAUCUAGAAAGUCCUGAGAGAUAUCAAGCGGACAAUCAAACACUCUUACUCCAGGUGGAGGCUCUGCAGGCUCAGAUGGAAGAACAGACACGAUUAUCCAAGGAACAGCUUGAGGCACUCUUAGAGGACAGACGGAUUCAUAUGGAAGAAGCCAAGGUCCAGCAUCAGAGGGACCAGGACAAGAUCAAAAAUAUAACAGAUAAGCUUCAUAAGACCCAAAAUCUCUUAUAUGAGAGUACCCGAGACUUCCUUCAGCUAAAGUUUGACACUCGAGCUAAUGAGAAAGCAUGGAUGGCAGAGAAGGACAGUCUGCUGAGGAAACUUGACAAAGGCUCGGAUCUGCCCAUCAGCAAAAAGACUGAGAGAGAGAGAAAGCAAAGAGAUGUCAAGAAGAUUCCUCAGGAGGAUUAUGAAGAUCGGAGAUUCCGUAGUGGAGAAAUCAAGUCACUGCAGGAGAAACUAAAGCAGGAGCAGCGCCUAUCGAACAUGUACAGAGAGCAGUGUGUCACCCUAGAAGGUGAGCUGGCUAGGAUUCGCGAGGAGGGAGAUGUUGGCAGAGAGCUCUUUAAGGAGCGCUCAGAAAAGAUGGGAAAGCGCCUGCAGCUGAUGACUCGGCGAUAUGAAGCCUUGGAAAAACGCCGAAAUAUGGAAGUGGAAGGCUUCAAAAAUGACAUCAAGCUGCUUCGGCAGAGGCUGAAAGAUGUGGAGAAGCAGCUUUUCAGGGUGACUCUAAAUAUUGGACCAGAUCAAGAUCUUGCAAUUUUGCAUGAGGUCCGCCAAGGAAACAGACAAACCCAUAAAAUCCAAGGAGAACUGAAAACGUUAAAAGCCAAAAUUUAUGGCUUGGAGAAGGAACUACGGGUCUGCUGAUGCUGAGAUAUUAUGGAGCAU